CACCAAGGCAGGCAGGUAGGGAUUUGAUUACUGCACCAAGGCAGGCAGUGAGUUCUUUGAGAAGAUGCAAGGUUCCAUCAGAGACCUGUCUGAUGAGAAGGACAAGACCACUGGUGCCAGCACACUCUUCAUGCGAGCCAUGAGGUAUCCGUUCUUCAGGGUGGCGGAUUACAGCCGGAUCCUGGAGAAGAUGAAGUUAUCCAGUCAGAGGCCAGAGGUCAAGGACCAGCUACAGAACCUGAUCUAUGAGUGGGACAGUGUCAAACUCUACUUCUCUUCUGAACACAAGCUGGCUGAGGCAACUAGAACAUUCUGGGAGACGGCCAACCCUAAAGUGGCUGACAUGAUGAAGACGCCCACACGCAGGAUGCUGCUAGACAGCAAGACCCGCCCACUCAACUGGCCAGCUGGUGGACGCUUCUCCUACAGACAGUUUGUUUUGUUCAACGACGUCUUUCUUCAUGUCCAGAGUACAGCCAUUGUUGUCCUACCCCUAGAGACCAUGUGGGUGGAGUCCUCCACAGCAGACACUGAGAACCCCAAUGCCAUCUCCAUCAUAGCACCAGAAGACAGAUACGACCUGUUCACAGCCACACCAGCAGACAAGGCUGAGUGGUUGAUCGCCCUCAACUCUGCCAUCAGCAAGGUUUUGCUCACCCAGAAAUCUGCGGCCAUCAGACACAGCAAUGGGGAGAGGUUCACCCCACCCCUCAUACGUCAGGCCUCACACAAGUUUGUCAAGCCUGGCCCGUACAAGGACGCCACGUAUAACGGGACAUGGCUUAUUGGGAAGGUGCAUGGCACUGGCAGUUUAAAAUACCCAGAUGGCUCCAGUUAUGAAGGAGAGUUUAAGAAGGGACUCAAACAUGGAUCUGGUGUAAACAUUUUGAUAAAAAGCUCAGGACAAGAGAUACAGAAAGGCAGCUGGAGGGAUGGGAAGCUCAAUGGCUUUGGUACAGUCAGCUAUCCCAAUGGUGACCUGUACGAAGGAUAUUUCCAGGAGGGUCAAAGGUUUGGCCACGGCAAGUUCAGGUCAGGGCGCCACAAAUCCAGCUUUACGUCCAUCUACAUUGGUGAAUGGCUGUGUAACCAGAGGGACGGUUACGGUGUAGAGGACGACAUCCUCAAAGGUGAAAAGUACAUGGGGCUGUGGGUGGAGGACUAUCGCCAUGGCAACGGUGUCAUGGUGACCCUGGAUGGCAUGUACUUUGAAGGGAACUUUGUCCAGAGCAAGAUGACAGGUUUUGGUCUGAUGAUCUCUGACGACAACAUGCUGUACGAGGGCGACUUCUUCGGUAUAACACAUCUCUCUGGCAAGGGCACCUUGACCCUGGCCACUGGGGACAAACUGGAGGGAAACUUUAACGGAUCACUUAACGAGGGCCUGAAGAUUAAUGGCACGUUCAUUAAGUCACCCACACCUUACGAGAGCGAGGUCAAGCUGACCCACCCAGCAAACAUCACCUCAAAGUACUUCGGCCGCCUGUGUGUCCCCGCUGACGUCAAGUGGAAAGAUAUUUUCUCUCACACAGAGUCCUCUCUAGGUCAAGGUCACUCUGCCCAGACCUUGACCCAGGCUGACACAGAGAGGGCGUGGGAGGUCGUGGCCGUCAUGGUCUCUGCUGGCAGAAAAAUUUUAAAAGACAUCAAGGGCAUCUCCCCCAGCAAGCUGAAGAUGGAAGAGAAAACUCUGGAAGGUUUGGAGAAGAUUCCUCUCCAUGGUACAGAGCAGCUGACUACAGAGACAAUCACAGACAUCUCUGUUUACUUGUGUAGGGCGUUUGAUACCAUCUACCAUCCGCUGGGGAAACUGAUGGAGACGCUGGUGGAUGUCUUCAGGGCCUCGUACAUCGGAGUGGGUGCUCACCCGCGUCUGCUGCACCACGCUGUCCUGGAGGUGCUGUCAUACAUCCGCAGGCUGUACAGGGUUGUCAGGAUUCUGUUCCCUGCCCUGCCCGCCAAUGGUGGCCCCAUCCAUGUCUACCCCAGGGACAGGAGAGAUCACAUCCCCAGGACAAACGGAGGAGGCCAGAGAGUUUAUAGAGGGGCUGGAGCAGGAGGACCCGGGCUGGAGCAGGAGGACCCUAGUCUGCAGGUGUUCACUGCCGCAGGGCUCCUGUACCCGAUCAUGCUGCCCAAGAUUUACCCGCCCCUGUUUGACCUUUACGCCCUCUACAAUGAGAGGAACGAUGACCUAUACUGGGAGAGGGUGACCAAGUUAAACAGGCAGAGUGACAUGGGACUGUUGGCUUACCUGGGCAUUGAGCAACGUUUCUGGCUGUUGGAGGAAAUUCUUGAAACCAAAACACAGCAACUGUCCACUGUGAAAGAUGUUUGUUAUGCUGAGGCGGUGGACACACUACAACAGCUCAGCACAGCCUUCAGUCCAAUAGAGAAGUUGAAGAUUAUAGAGCAGACAUUUAACCAGAUCACUAAGACGGUGACCUUGGCCUUGAAGGAUGACCACAUGUGGUGUAUGGACGACCUGUUCCCCAUCUUCCAGUUUGUUGUGGUCCGGGCUAAGAUCCACCAUCUUGGUGCUGAGAUCCAUGUUAUAGAGGAUCUGAUGGAGCCCCACAUGGAGCAUGGGGAGUUUGGUCUCAUGUUUACUACACUCAAGGCGUGUUAUUUCCAGAUCCAGAAUGAGAAGAUGCCUCACCACUAGGUUACCAUGGCAACCCCUCAAACAUUGACCAGGAUCAUGUGAUAUUUCAAUUAUUUAUUCCCUUCUGUUGGCUGACCUGCAGAGAUUUACCAGGUGAUCCAAGCCCUCGACUGUUUGACCUCAAGACUUCAACAACAAACCACAAACACAUUUCACAUUUUUAUCUUCACAUUUUCUGGCUGCUCAAUGUACAGAACACAUUGUGGAUUUUUUCAUUUCACCCCCCCCCCAUGUCAUAUCUAACACAGUUAGUUCCCUUUGUUUCCAUUCGUUCCCUCAUUUAUGUGAUCUAACAUCAGCUGUUGCUCACACACAUUUGAUUCGUUGGGUGUGGACUCCUCACACCACAGCAUAUCACCUUCAGUCCUAUCUUAACACAACUCUGGUCUAAACCUGUCAAAAACCUUACUAUCUUGUGAUGUGGGAUGUUGAAGCCUACACUAAACACCCAGAUAUUUGUAAGGAAAAAAAAAAAAAAACUUGAGAAACAUUUUGUUAGGUUGUGUACAUGUCUAGGCUAGGUUGUGUCUAGUUGACAUUGACAUAGACCAGACAUGUCAUUUGACAUACACCAGACGUCAUUGACAUACACCAGACAUAUCACUACAUUUUAAAAUACCCUGAUAUUACUUGGAUGUGACCUACUUAAUGCCUCUAUUUAUAGCAUUUUUUUGAAGUUGUGGUUAUUAAAAUAAAAUGUUUGUAUUUUUUUUUAAAUUUAUUUUCUAGAGCAUUGGGGCUAAGGUUGUGUUCUAUAAAAUAUAUCAAUGUAAUAGUUCUACUCUAUCCCAUUCUUUUAGUCUACACAUUUAUACUUGAUGCUGAUUGGUUUUAUAUAGCAGCUAAUACUGGAUUAGGUAGAUCAAUGUAUUUUAAUUAAGUUAAAGAUGGAUAUAAUGGAUUAUUAUAGCUCUUAGUUGGGUAGCUAUCCUUGGUGUCUUAAGUUAUAGCUACCAAAAGGUGUACAGUAGCUGUAAGAGGUGUACCAGCUACCGUAAGCCUGGGGUGUUGGGGUGUAUAACUUGAUGUAACAGGGUGUGUUGUAGUUACACUCUGGCCUGUAACUUUGGGUUUCACCAAACAAAAUACUUACGGCUGUUACAUUGUUGAACUGUGGCGCUGUUGUUGUGGUGGCUAAAUUAUACGUCAGCUGAUCGAAUUUUAUUUGUUGAGAUGGUACAUUCAAGCAAGAGUUACCCUGCUGGGGAAGAUACGCUCAGAGGUAUUUCCCCUGCUAAAGUAGAGGGACAUUUGUCUGCC